AUGACCUCUAUUGUUACAGGCGUGCAGGGGCACCCACCCUCAAAAUAUCCAAAGGACUACCCUUUUGUUAAGGGAAGCUGGAAUGGAAGAAAACUGCAUGAGAAUUAUUAUCCUUUGACUGAAAUUCUGAAAAAUAAGAUUGGUUUUAAGGGUUUUGUGCUUUCUGAUUGGAAAGGAACUGAUAGACUAAAGGAACCUCGUGGACUAGACCACAAUUGCAUUGCUAGGGCCAUUAAUGCAGGAAUGGACAUGGUGAGGGUGCCUUAUGAGUUCGAAGAAUUUAUGAACCAUUUAACAUCUUUGGUGGAAUCUGGGGAAAUACCAGAGGCCAGGAUAGAUGAUGCUGUUGAACGAAUCUUGAGAGUGAAAUUUAUGCUGGUCUUUUCGAACAUCCUUUCGCAGAUGUAUCUAAUUUGCUUCAUAAAGUUGGCUGCAAGGGACCUAGCACGGGAAGCAGUUCGGAAAUCUUUGGUGCUGUUGAAGAAUGAAAACAUUUCAGAUAAAUAUUUUCUCCCAUUAGAUAAAAAAGCAAAGAAAAUCCUUGUUGCUGGAACACAUGCUGAUAAUCUCAGAUAUCAAUGUGGAGGCUGGACGGUUAAAUGGCAAGGAAUACCCAAUGGCACAACUAUAGAAGGCACAACAAUCUUAAUGGCUAUUAACGAAGCACUAGGAGAACAUGUUGAAGUAAUUUAUGAGGAAUCACCGUCAAUAGACACUUUAUCACAACGCGAUAUAGCUUAUGCUGUUGUGGCUGUUGGUGAAGAAUCAUAUGCAGAAACUCUUGGUGACGAUGAAGAACUUAAAAUCUGCUUGAAUGGAGCCGAUAUUGUAAACUCAGUGGCUGAAAGAAUUCCGACAUUGAUAAUUCAUAUAUCAGGAAGACCCCUGGUUUUAGAGGAAUGGCUCUUGAAAAAGAUAGAUAGUUUAGUGGCUGCUUGGUUGCCUGGUAGUGAAGGAGGAGGAAUAGCAGACGUUAUAUUUGGAGAUUAUGACUUCCAAGGAAAAUUACCAAUGACAUGGUUUAAAAGGGUUGACCAACUCCCAGUGGAUGCUGACGAUAUUAAUUCAUAUGACCCUCUGUUUCCUUUCGGCUUCGGGUUAACCAUAUGCAAUAAUUUGACCAAAGGUAUCAAGGCCAAACCUUAA